AUGGACCCCGUCACUGCUCCCUCGGGCCACGCCCACCCCCAGCCCCCGCCAGCGCCGCAGCCCCAGGCCCGCUCCCGGCUCAACGCCACAGCCUCGAUGGAGCAGGACGGAAGGGACGUGCCCCAGGCCCCCAGGCCCAGCGCUGGAGACACAGCUGCCCCAGCCGAGUCCUGGGCCCAGCACGCCAGGAGCCGAGACAGAGCGGAUGGAGCUGCGCCUGCGAAGGGAGAUGUGGAGCUCCCCUUUGAAGAAGUCCUGGAGAAAGCCAAAGCUGGGGACCCCAAGGCACAGACAGAGGUGGGGAAGCGCUACCUGCACUUGGCCCUUGACGCAGAUGAGGAGCUCAACAAUUGCACCGCCGUGGACUGGCUGAUCCUCGCCGCAAAGCAGGGCCGGCGAGAAGCAGUGAAGCUCCUUCGCCGGUGCUUGGCGGACAGGAAAGGCAUCACGUCAGAGAACGAGCAGGAGGUGCGGCAGCUUUCCUCCGAGACCGACCUGGAGAGGGCCGUGCGCAAGGCGGCCCUGGUCAUGUACUGGAAGCUCAACCCCAAGAAGAAGAAGCAGGUGGCUGUGUCAGAGCUGCUGGAGAACGUCGGCCAGGUCGACGAGCACGAUGGAGGCGCGCCGCCAGGCCCCGUCCCCAAGUCCCUGCAGAAGCAGCGGCGGAUGCUGGAGCGUCUGGUCAGCAGCGAGUCCAAGAACUGCAUCGCCCUCGAUGACUUCGUGGAGAUCACCAAGAAGUACGCCCAGGGCAUCAUCCCCAGCACCCUGCUCCUGCCGGAUGACGAGGACGAUGACGACGAGCUGGCGGGGAGGAGCCCCGAGGAGCUACCCCUGCGCCUGAAGGUGGUCAAGUACCCGCUGCACGCCAUCAUGGAGCUCAAGGAGCACCUGAUCGACGCGGCCUCCAAGGCGGGCAUGCACUGGCUGUCCACCAUCGUGCCCACCCACCACAUCAACGCCCUGGUGGUCUUCUUCGUCAUCAGCAACCUGACGGUGGACUUCUUCGCCUUCCUCAUCCCGCUGGUGGUCUUCUACCUGUCCUUCGCCUCCAUGGUGAUCUGCACCCUCAAGGUCUUCCAGGACAGCCGCGCCUGGGCGCACUUCCGCACCCUCACCGCCCUGCUGCUGCGCUUCGAGCCCAGCCUGGACGUGGAGCAGGCCGAGGUCAACUUCGGCUGGAACCACCUGGAGCCCUACGCCCACUUCCUGCUGUCCGUGCUCUUCGUCGUGGUCUCCUUCCCGCUGGCCAGCAGGGACUGCAUCCCCUGCUCGGAGCUGGCCGUGGUCGCCGCCUUCUUCACCGCCGCCAGCUACCUGAGCCUGAGCACGCACGCCGAGCCCUACACCC